UUAGGCGCAUGCGCACAAGGCGCUCAUCGCUCGCCCUCGCAGGGCCUCCUGGGAGUUGUAGUCAGCCUCCUGCCGAAUUGGGCCGUCGGAGGCUGUUGGGAAGAUCCGAGACGUCCCUGCCUUCCGCGCUCGGUUCCCAGGAUGGAUCCCGGGUCAGGGCCUGAAUCGGCGCCUCUCACCGGCUUGGCUUGGUCUUCGGCCUCGGCUCUUCCGCCGAGGGGAUUCAGCGCGAUCUCCUGCACCGUGGAGGGCGCGCCCGCCAGCUUUGGCAAGAGCUUCGCACAGAAAUCCGGCUACUUCCUGUGCCUGAGCCAGCUGGGCAGCCUGGAGAACCCGCAGGAGAACGUGGUGGUGGACGUCCAGGUCGUGCUGGACAAGAGCGCUCUCCCGUCCGGCUUCGUCCCGGUCUGCGACCCCCUGGACUCCAAGGCCUCUGUGUCCAAGAAGAAACGCAUGUGCAUCAAGCUGAUGCCCCUGGGGGCCGCGGACACGGCAGUGUUUGAUGUCCGGCUGAGUGGCAAGACCAAGACUGUGCCUGGAUACCUGCGAGUUGGGGGACAUGGUGGCUUUUCCAUUUGGUGCAAGAAGGCCAAGACCCGAAGCCAGUGCCCAAGCCCAACUCUCAGCCAGGACAUGCGGGGCCUCUCGCUGGACCCUCCCAGCCAGCCCAGCAAAAGCAGCUUGCCCGAGCGGACACUGUCCAGGCUGGGCUCGCGGGCGUCCACUCUGCGGAGGAGUGACUCCGUCUAUGAGGCGUCCAGUCUCUAUGGCAUCUCAGCCAUGGAUGGGGUUCCCUUCACACUGCACCCCCGAUUUGAAGGCAAGAGCUGUGGUCCCCUGGCCUUCUCUGCCUUCGGGGACCUGACCAUCAAGUCGCUGGCGGACAUUGAGGAGGAGUAUAACUACGGCUUUGUGGUGGAGAAGACGGCGGCUGCCCGGCUGCCCCCCAGUGUCUCCUAGCGCCCUGUGCCAGAUACCACGGCCCGAGGCCACCCCGCCUCGGUCACCUGCCUCGCCCAUCCCGGAAACUCCAAGGCACAGGACGGCCAUCAGGACCCCAGCCACGCAGACAGAGGAGCCAGGAGAGAAGAGGGGCACCAAGGCCUCGUGGGAUGGGGUCUCUCACCUGGGUGCUGCCUGAGAACAGGGGUGGGGCUGGACCGGAACCGGGGUCUUCAAGUGACAACUGUCAAAACUGCUGCCUGCCCAGAGGCGCCGCAGGCAGCUCUGGUAAUAAACACUACCUGU